GCCCCUUCCCCGCCCGGCCCAAGUGGGCGCCCCUGGCCGAGCUGCACCCGGCGGCGCCGCAGCCGCCCCCGCCCCGGGGGGGCACCCCGGGCACCCCCAAAUGGGUCCCCAUCGGGGGAGGGGCACAGCAGCCCCUCCCCCCGCAGCCGGCACCGCCCGGCACCGAGGCGGGGACCCCCACGCGGCCUCCGAGGGGGACCCCGGGGGCACCAAACCCGCCCCGGAAGGGGCGUCGGGGACCCCCGGGGUCUCCAAACCCACCCAGGAGGGGACGCUGGGGACCCCCGGGGUCACCAAACCCACCCAGGAGGGGACACUGGGGACCCCCGGGGUCUCCAAACCCCCCCCAGAAGGGUCACCGGGGACCCCCGGGGUGACCAAACCCAGCGGUGUCCCCCCCCCCAGUGUCACCCCCCCCAGUGUCACCCCCCCCAGUGUCACCAAACCGGCCUCGGAGGGGCCGGGGGGGACCCCAAACGUCCCCCCCACUGUCCCCACCCCCGGCCUGACCCCCCCGGCGACCCCCAAAUCACCGGGGGCGGCGUCGCCCCCCGGGGCCACCAAAGUGUCCCCAGGGCCACCCCCAGCCAAGGGUGACGCCAAACUGGGAGCGACCGACGCCAAACUGGGCGUCAACGGCACCAAACUGGGAGCCAGCGAGGGCAAACUGGGAACCAACGAGAGCAAACUGGGCGGUGGAGACGCCAAACUGGGCGCUGGGGACCCCAAAUUGGGCGCUGGGGACCCCAAAUUGGGUGCUGGGGAUGUUAAAUUGGGUGCUGGGGACCCCAAACUGGGCGCUGGUGACAUCAAAGUGGGUGCUGGGGACCCCAAACUGGGCGCUGGGGAUUUUAAACUGGGCGCUGGGGACCCCAAACUGGGCGCUGGGGACCCCAAACUGGGUGCUGGUGACCCCCAAGCCCUGCUGUCCCCUCCCCAGGGCGUCCCCAAGGCGCCGUCCCCGCCCGGCCCCAAGGCGGAGGUGCCCCCCCCCGCCCUCCCCAGGGCCGUGCCCGCGUCCCCCCCCGUCCCCCCCAAAUCCCCCGCGGACCCCAAACCCCCUCCCCUCCUCCCGCCCCCCAAACCCUCCCCGGAGCCCAAAGCGGUGCCGCCCCCCAGACCCUCCCCCGCUGAGGCCCCCAAAGGCCCCCAACCCUCCUCUGUCCCCCCCAUGGCCCCCCGGGUGUCCCCCAGGGCCACCCCGCCCCCCCCGCCCCCGGGGUUGCCCCGGGCUCUGUCCCGGGGCCCGGGGGGCACCCUGGGGUCCCUGCUGCCCGCCGCCCGCCUCAGCCUGCCCUCGUCCCCCGUGGCCGCCUCGGCGCUGCCGCCGCUGCUGCCGCCGCCCCGGCUGGGCCACGCCAAGGGGGGCGCGGCCCUGGGGGCCACCGGGGGCUACGGGGUGGCCCCCAGGGCUGGGGGGGUCGCCGGCAGCCUGAUGGACAACAAGGUGACCACCAGAGGGGUCGGGGUCACCGCUGGCACCAGUGGCACCAGCAUCGCCGUGGGGGCCACCAGUGGCACCGUGGGGGCCACCAACGUCACCGUGGGGGCCACCAGUGUCGCCCCGAAGGCCACCGGUGUCACCGUGGCCACCGGCCCGGACAACAAGGCCACCGGCCCAGGGGACAGUAAGGCCGCUCUGGGUGGCAGCGCUAAGGCCACGCCCGCGGACAGCGGGGUCACCUCCAAGGCCACCGGUGUCACCACCAUGGACGGCAGGGCCACCGGUGUCACCACCAUGGAUGCCAAGGCCACCAGUGUCACCACCAUGGACGGCAGGGCCACCAGUGUCACCACCAUGGACGGCAGGGCCACCGGUGUCACCACCAUGGAUGCCAAGGCCACCAGUGUCAUCUCUGGGGCCACCAACUUGGACAGCAGGGCCACCAGUGCCCCCAGUGUGGCUGUGGGUGCCACCAGCACGGAGAACAAGGCCACCAGUGCCACCAGUGUCACCAGUAUGGAGAACAAGGUCACAGGGGCCACCAGUGUCACCAGUCCGGCUGUGGGUGUCACCGGCACGGAGAACAAGGCCACCAGUGCCACCAGUGCCACCAGUGUCACCAGCGUGGAGAACAAGGCCACCAGUGCCACCAGUGUCACCAGUGUGGAGAACAAGGCCAGCGGGGUCACCGUGGGAGCCGCCACCGCCGCUGUUGUCACCAGUGUCACCCCCAAGGCCACCGGGGCCGCCACCGUCAGCCCCGGUGUCACCAGUGCCACCAGUGCCACCAGUGUCUCCCCCAAGGCCACCAGUGUCCUCACGGGGGCCACCAGUGUCACCACAGGGGCCACCAGUGUCACCACGGGGACCACCAGUGUCCUCUCAGGAGCCACCAGUGUCACCACAGGGGCCACCAGUGUCACCCUGGGAUCCACCAGUGUCACCACAGGGGCCACCAGUGUCACCUCCAGGAUCUCCAGUGUCCUCUCAGGAGCCCCCGGUGUCACCGUGGGAGCCCCCAGUGCCCUCCCAGUGGCCCCCAAGGCCACCCCGAGCGUCAUCGUGGGUGCCACGCCCGGCCUUGUCCCCCGGGCUGUCCCCGCGGGCGUGUCCCCCCUGGGCGCCGCCAUCCUGCGCGCCAGCGCCGACGCCACCGCCAAGGCCACCGCCAUGGCCACCAUGGGCGCCCCGCGGGCCACCGUCAUGGCCACUGCCACGGCCAACACCACGGCCACCACUAUGGCCACCACCAUGGCCAGCACCAUGGCCACCACCACGGCCACCGUCAUGACCACCAUGGCCACCACUAUGGCCACCACCAUGAGCACCGCCAUGGCCACCAUGGCCACCACCAUGGCCACCACCAUGACCACCAUGACCACCAUGGCCACCAUGGCCACCACCACGGCCACUGGGGGUGCCCUCGGGGCCACCAGUGACACCAGUAACGUCAGCGUCAUUGCCACCAAGGCCACCAGUGCUCCCAGUAUGACCAGUGCUCUCUCCAAGGCCACCACCAGUGUCACCAGUGCUCCCAGCGUGCCCCAGGCCACCGACGUGACCAGCAUGACCAGUGUGACCAGUGUGACCAGUGUGGCCAGUUCUGGGGGUGUCAGCGGUGUCCCCAGUGCUCCCAGUGUCACCAGUGCCACCAGUAUGAUGAGCCCUGCGGUUCCCAGUGUCACCAGUGCCACCAGUGUCACCAGUGCUGCGGUUCCCAGUGUCACCAGUGCCACCAGUAUGAGCCCUGCGGUUCCCAGUGUCACCAGUCUGACCAGCCCUGCAGUUUCCAGUGUCACCAGUGCGACCAGUAUGACGAGUCCUGCGGUUCCCAGUGCGACCAGUACGACCAGUGCGAGCAGCCCUGCGGUUCCCAGUGUCACCAGUGCCACCAGUAUGGCCAGUGCUGGAGCUCCCAGUGUCACCAGUGCGACCAGCAUGACCAGUGCCACCAGUGCUGCUGCUCCCAGUGUCACCAGUGUCACCAGUGCUGCUGCUCCCAGUGUCACCAGUGCGACCAGCAUGACCAGUGUCACCAGUGCUGCUGCUCCCAGUGUCACCAGUGUCACCAGUGUCACCAGUGCUGCUGCUCCCAGUGCGACCAGUCUCGCCAGUUCUGCAGCUUCCAGUGUCACCAGUGUCUCCAGUUCUGCUGUUCCCAGUGUCACCAGUGUCACCAGUGUUGGAGGUUCCAGUGUCACCAGUGCUGCAGCUUCCAGUGCCACCAGUGCCACCAGUGCCACCAGUGCUGGAGCUCCCAGUGUCACCAGUGCGACCAGUGUCACCAGUGCUGCUGUUCCCAGCGUCACCAGUGCGACCAGCAUGACCAGUGUCACCAGUGCGACCAGCAUGACCAGUGUCACCAGUGCUGCCGUUCCCAGUGCUCCCAGUGUCACCAGUGCUGCUGUUCCCAGUGUCUCCAGUGCGACCAGCAUGACCAGUGUCACCAGUGCUCCCAGUGUCACCAGUGCUGCUGUUCCCAGUGCUCCCAGUGUCACCAGUGCUGCUGUUCCCAGUGCUCCCAGUGUCACCAGUGCUGCCGUUCCCGGUGCUCCGAGCGUCGCCGGCGCCGCCGGCGCGGUUGCCGUGGCCACGGGCGCUCCCAGUGCUCCCAGUGCUCCCAGUGAGGCCCCCAAGAGCUCGUCGUCCUCGUCGUCCUCGUCCUCCUCCUCCUCCUCUUCCUCGUCCUCCUCGUCCGACUCCGACUCCGACUCCAGUUCCAGCUCCUCCGAGUCCGGCCCGCCCUCGCCGGCCCCGCCCACCGGGUCCCCGAGCGUCGCCGCCGCGGCCGCCGCGGCCACCGUGACCACCGUGAGCACCGUGACCACCGUGGCCACCGUGACCACCAGCACGGCCACCACCGUCCCCCCCGCGGGGCCACCGCCCCCCGAGGCCGCCCCCGCCGCCGCCGCGGUGCCCCCGACCCCUGGGGGGCCCCCCCCGACCACCCCCGGGGUGCCCCCGACCCCUGAGGUGCCCCCGACCCCUGAGGACGAGGCCGCGGCCGCCGCCGCCACCGAGAGCCCCGCACGGUACCCAGAGCCCGCCCCCGCCGCGGCCCCGCCCGCCGAGGCCACGCCCACCGCGGCGGCGGCGACCCCCUCGGCGACCCCCGGCGCGACCCCUUCGGUGACCCCCACGGUGACCCCCGGGACCCCCUCGGUGACCCCCUCCCCCGCCGCUGCCGCCGCCACCGCGACCUCGGCCACGCCCACCACGGCCUCGGCCACGCCCACCGCCGCCUCGGCCGCCGCCACGCCCACCUCGGCCACGCCCCUGCUGUCCCUCACCCCCUCCAAGCCCACCCUGGUGGGCGGAGUCACGGCCUUGCCCCGCCCCCCGGGGUCCCUCCUGUCGCUCACCUCCGCGGGUGGGCGUGGCCUGCGCCCCUCGGCCCGCCCCUCUCCGGGCUCUCUGCUCUCGUUGGCCACCGCCCGCGGGGGCGUGGCCGGCCGGGGGGGCGGGCCCUUCCCCCUAUUGGCCGCCCGCAGCCCCGGCUCCGCCUCCUUCCAGCGCGCGGCCACGCCCUUCCUGGCCACGCCCACGCGGGGGGGAGGAACUGGGGGAGGGGGGUGGAGCCCCAGGACCCCGCCCAGCCCUUUCCUGCGGGGGGGCGUGGCCGGGGGGGCGUUCCCCCGCCUGGGAGGGGGCGGGGCCUGCCUGCACCGUUUCCACGGCAACCUGGGGGCGGGGCUGGGCUGCUCGGCCCGCCUGGGGGGCGGGGCCUGCCUCCACCGCUUCCACGGCAACGCGGGCAUGGGCGUGGCCUCGGUGGCGGCGGCGGCCAAUCGGAUCAGCCCCUGCGGCCACCGCGGGUGCUGCUACCACGGCAGGGGCGGGGCCUCGCUGGGAGGGGGCGGGGCCGCCCCCCGGAGCCCCUCCCCUUUCGCCAUGACCCCCGCCAUGGCCUCCAGGAUGGCCCAGUACGGCCUGGGCUCCUCCCAGUAUAACCUCGGCUCCUCCCAGUACGCCGCCGGCGCCGCCCAGUACUGCACCAGCGCCUCCCAGUACGGCACCAGUGCGGCCCAGUACGGCACCAGCGCGGCCCAGUACGGCACCGGCGCCGCCCAGUACGGCACCGGCGCCUCGUCCCUGGCGGCGGCGGGGGCCCAGUACCAGUACCAGCAGUACGCCCAGUUCGCCUCCCAGUACUCCCAGUACUCCCAGUACGGCUCCAGCGACGGCUCCCAGUACGCGGGGGCGGGCUCGGAGGCCUCCCAGUACGCCAGCACGGCUGCCCAGUACGCCGCCAGCGCCGCCCAGUACGCGGCCUCGGGGGCGGCCGCCGCGGCCGCCGACCCCGCCCAGUACGCGGCGGCCACUGGGAACCA